AUGGGCAAAUUGUUUUCACCUGGAAGUUUCUUUAGUAUAGAAACAGUCGAUAAAGCUCGCACUCAAAUUGUCAUCUAUGUGGACGAAUUCAUUGAAAAGGAACUCAAAGAAGUAGUUAUAUCGGUUGAACGUUCCCUUCUUGGCGAAUCUCUUUCAAAGACGUUUACCUCAACAGGCGGUGUGUCAGUUUUAGCUGAAAAGAAGAAGAUUGAAGAGGUCACCUUGGAUAAUAUUCAACUAACUUUCAAAGAGUUGUACAUGAGCCGAGCAGAUAUGUGGCGCUAUAGAUCCAGACUGAUAAACACUUGUGCCUAUCUUGACAAACAGGUUCUUAUAUACAUUCAAAUGAGUUCAGAAAUGUGGCAGCUGGAUCCUCAGGGUGACCUUUAUUUUGAAAAAUGUGUCAAAGGACUUCUAUUCGCUUUGCGUCCUCAAAAUGAACACUAUGAAGAUUGGAGCCACGUUCUUUCAACGAUAAAACUAUCAUUCAACAAAUACCAGGACACGAUACAAGAAGUGUUGGCCGCCAAUUACCCCAGCCUGAAAGGAAGGUGGGAAAUCUCAACAGCCGCUGAUGGCAACUUUCUGCAAGUGCUGAAUAUGAGCAUGAACUCGUUCAAUGUUUAUCAUACAGAUAGGAGGUUUGAGACAACGGUCAACCAGAAAUUCGGACACUUCCUCAGCAUUUCCCUUUAUAAACAAUUUGCGGUGCAAUUUUCAUGUUCUUUUCAGAUCAUCUUUGUGACUCCUGGUGGUGGUGUCUUAAAUGUGGAUCGAGAGAUGGUGAACAUGACAAAGCAGCGAAUCAUUGAUAUGGGCAUUUCACUCGAUAUGGUGUGUUUGGGAGAGCAACCGUUGCACGCGGUACCACUGUUUGUGUUUCAUAAUCGCUGGACGUCGUCUCAACCGUUUGAAGACUAUUUUAUUCCGCAUUGGAUGAAUUACUCUUAUUAUCGGAUGAGCAAACGAAGUGCCAUAUCGAUCAACUUUCGCCCACGUAUUAAUCUGCCCAAUGUGAUGUUG